AUGAAGUUUAUUUUAGCUUGUUUCGUACUGCUUAGUGUUCAAUGUGCUGAAAUAUACGGAAAAAAUUAUUACAUACAAAAUACAACAACGCUUAACUGGCAUGCAGCAUUCCAAAAUUGUGCACUCAAAGGAUUGCAGAUGGCAACUGUUAUCACACAAAAUGAACAAGCUACUAUGGAAGCAACUAUAAAAGCGGCAGGUUUGGAAAAAACAUCGUUUUGGAUAGGUGGAACAGAUAUAGCUAAAGAAGGCAAGUUUGUUUGGAUGGCAUCCGGUGAACCAUUCAGUUACACUAACUGGUUGCCAAAUCAACCUGAUAAUAACUACUUUGAUGUAGCAGAGAAUUGCGUGGAUCUUUGGCCAAUGGCAAGAAACACACUGGAAUGGAAUGAUGCACCGUCAUUCGAAAACUGUGCCCUGCAAGGAUGGCAGAUGGCUACUAUCCUGACCAAAAAUGAACAGAAUACUUUAGAGAAGACUAUAAAAGCAGCUGGGUUAGAAAAAACAUCUUUCUGGAUAGGUGGAUCUGAUUUGGCCAAAGAAGGUAGUUUUGUCUGGACAGCUUCCGGUGAACCCUUUAGUUACACAAAUUGGCUGCCAGAUCAACCAGACAACAAAAACAUAAACGGAGUAGAAAACUGUGUGGAUAUUUGGCCAUUCGCCAGAAACACAUUUGAAUGGAAUGAUGCCCCCUGCAAUAACCCAAAAUAUUUUAUAUGUGAAGAUCAACCAAAAAAUUGUUAUAACAAUGAAGAUAUUACAGUUUCAAAUUGGUAUGGAUCAUUUGAAAACUGUGCCCAGCAAGGCUUACAAUUGGCUACGGUGAAUACCAGAAAUGAACAAACUCAUCUGGAAAGAACUAUCAAAAAAGCAGGCAUGGAGAAAGCAUCGUUUUGGAUAGGUGGAUCAGACUUAACAAAAGAAGGCAAAUUUGUAUGGAUGGCAACUGGUGAGCCAUUUGCGUAUACAAAUUGGUUGCGACCAGGCCUGGUUGGUGGCCAACCAGACAACUAUGACAACAUUGAGCAUUGCCUAAGUUGGUAUGCAUCAUUCGAAAACUGUGCGAGGCAAGGACUGCAAUUGGCAACUGUAAAUACCAGAAAUGAACAACAUCUUCUUGAGAAAACAAUCAAAAAAGCAGGGUUAGAAAAAACAUCUUUCUGGACAGGUGGUUCUGACUUAGCCAAAGAAGGUAGUUUUGUCUGGACAGCUUCCGGGGAACCAUUUGGUUACACGAAUUGGCUGCCUGAUCAACCAGACAACACCAACAGAAACGGAGUAGAAAACUGUGUGGAUAUUUGGCCAUUCGCAAGAAACACAUUUGAAUGGAAUGAUGCUCCUUGCAAUAACCCAAAAUAUUUUAUUUGUGAAGAUCAACCAAAAAAUUGUUAUAACAAUGAAGAUAUUACAGUUGUAUGUGAGAGACUGAGGUAA